AUGACGUCAGCUGAUAACUUAGCUCCUCGAGAUGCCAAAAUUAUCUCACUUAUUCUUAGAUCGGUUGGAAUAGAGGAAUGUGAGCCAAAGGUUAUUCUUCAGUUUUUAGAGGUUGCCUACAAGUAUUUCGUUGAAAUUGUGGAUGAUGCGCUUCUGUAUGCUGAGCAAAUGGGUCGCAGUACGCCCAAUGGCAAUGAUAUUAAGCUGGCCAUUCAAACUAAGAUAGGGAAGUACUUUGUACCACCUCCACCACGGCAGUUUAUGCUUGAGAUAAGCUCAAGGAUCAAUGCUAAGCCCUUAGCUGUUUCCGAAACAAGUAAUUUGAUUCGUUUACCUGGUGAUCGCUCGAGCUUACUAGAGCUCUAUUAUGCGACUAUUCGUAAAGAUGAGACACGGAAGCGCAAGAGACAGCCAUAG